AUGUCGUACUACUCUCGGGUGAAUAGACAUCAACGUCACAUAUCUCACCCCUGCAAAAGGCAGAAGAUUCCAAACUCGCAAUUCGCAAGUCGUCCCGACUUGCCGCCGAGUCUCACUUCCCACGUGUGCGCGUUUUUCCUUCUUCUCCCUUCUUAUAUCCCUUGCUUACUCCGGUAUCUUCUUAUCCACUUUGGCUUAGAUUCACCCACUAAGUGA